GGUAACUUUAAAUUUUGUAAAACGGCAACCCUGUUCCUGUUCUGUAUAAAUACGCUUGGCCCGCGCGUAUUGGCCAUUCAAACUUGUUCUCUUAUUGGUCUGUGGCCAUUCAUUUCGUUCCGAUCAAUGUGAAUAUCUGUAAUCUAAGUCAGUGGUUCAGUUGGUAUACUUACUUUACUCUUUGGUUCAGUGAGAACUUAACAAAGUGCACGACAAUAUCAUUUUAUAUACCAAACGAUAAAAAAUACAUAUAAUCUACAUUAACGAACAUCGUGGUGUCCGCAACGCAAUUCAUUGAAUCAGCCAUGAGUUUUAGUAAGUUUGAAGGCAUUUUUACCCCUGAGUUGAUAGCCGUGAUGCAAGGAUUUUGUGAUGUGUUAAAUCCUGAAGAAUGGUUCUGGUCAGAUGAUAUAAUUCAGAACGAUUUUAAUCGUUUGAAAUUUGACCAAAAAACCGAGAUCACUGCUAACAUAUUAUUGUUAAAAACCUUUUAUGUUUAUUAUUUCGGUGCAACAUCACAGCCGCAGGAUGUCGGACAACUUUUUUCAAAUAUAUUAUUAACAGCCCCGGACUUCAACAAUACAGAAACGAAAUUAGUUAACCUCAGCUCGACAUGUGAAAAUGAGUUCACCAUUCCGACAUAUAUCACAUCACCUGAUUUGGAAAACCAGUUUGAGAAUCUAUUAAAAUCAUGCAGUAAUUCUUUCGACGACUUUAGGGAAGACAUGAAGAAGGCAUUUGAAUCUAUAAUUGGAAAAGAAACCUCAAUAGAUUAUAACAAUGAGUCAUUACUUGCACUUCAUUGCACAGCAGUAUUUCUUAUAUUUGUAAUGAUAAGACGAAUCACGAAAUCGGAAUUAGACUUGAAAGCAGCGUUUUCAAGUAGACAUUUACAAAAGGUCUAUUACCAGAUGGUUCCGUACCCGUUUGGAUCAACUAUCCCUUCUCCUAGUGAACCUUUAAACAGGGUAUUAACUAAUGUACUACGUUUCAAUGAGUCAGGAAAACAAUUUUUAGUUUUAAUCUUCGGGUUAAUGCUUCAAAAUAUGACUUCGACAGAUAAACAAAAAAGUAUGAAGUUGGAUGAAAUAUUGAAAGUUGCUUGUAUGAACCAUUUGGCUGGAACAGGCUUACAGCUAAUAACCCUCUUUGAGAAAUUCAAAAUACUUUAUGGGUUAUCGAACGAACAAGCGCUUGAAUUAAUUGACAAUCAAUUUUGGGGAAAAAGUAAAGAUAUUAUAAUUCGGAUAAGAAGCUUACAGGAUCAAGCAUUUGAGAAGACAGGAGUGACCCACAUAUUGUUUCCAUAUUGUAGACUGGUAGACGAGCGUUAUCAUCGGAACUUGGGAUACAGAGGUAAUGAACACCAAUGCUAUCUAUUAGCACAACUAAUUGAUCUUCAUAGUCCACCAAAAUCCAGAAAUUUUGGAGCUAGCUCAGCCUCGUGGACCAAUAAACUUAGCCCGAUUAUGAAAAUAAACGUUGCCACUACGGCUCAAAAAAUCUAUACAUUUUUGAAAAAGCCUCACUAAGCAAAAUUGCUGUUACAUUGAUAGGAAGUUAAAUCAUAAUAUUUAUAUGAUUUUUUUUCUUGGAUGUAUAUGAGAAUGUAUUAAAUCAAUUAUUAAUUUUACAAUUGUUCAUACGAAAACUAGUUUUUUCUGUCAAUAUAAAACAAAAAAAUAGACAUGAUAUUAUUUAUAUUGUAUUUUUAGAUACUAGUUUGGUCUGUAUUCAUUUAAACAAAUGACAAAUACCAGCUUAUA